AUGAGCAAACCGAAGAUUUUAAUAUGCCAGAUAAAAAGCGUUGGCGACAUCAAAGGGUGGAGCUUGAAGGGAAUAGAGUCAUGCAGAAAGAAAAUAUUCGGGUACGCAGGAAAUAUGCCGGGCGAAAAACAGUGGAUCAAACCACUAAUCGGGAAAAGCAUGCAAAAUUAUUAUUUCCCGUCAAAAUAUUUACACCUCGAUUUUAACUUAAAGGAGUACAUGAGGAUGCAGACCGUGCGUUUUAAAAAGAAGGAGACAGACGACAGCUUAAUUAAAUUGCAAAAAUGCAUUAACCUCAUAAUUGAGAACAAAGACAAGGUGGAAGAAUUUUUAGCAAAGAUACCAAAGGAGUUGUAUCUCGAAAAUCAAAGCUUGAAAGAUUUUUACUCUCUAUAUUUGACCGUCUUCCCGGACCAUAAACGCCAAGAAGAGGAGAAGAGCCAACACCAAGAGGAGUACCGACACGAAGAGAAGUACCACCACAAACGUGCGUUGUCGCCCGAUGAUUUAAGAGAGUUAAAUUUGCACGAACACAAAUUCAGUUGGUUUAGCCCGCGAGGGGAAAGUGGCAGGGAAACACAAGGGGAUAAGUCCAAUUUCGGGGACUCUCCUUCUUGCAAACAAGAUGGAAGUGAAAGCAGAAAUUACGUGAACAGGUCACGCAAAUUGGAAGAAAAAAAGGUGAUACUCGAAGAGAAGGAAGAAAGUGAGAUGGCCCAAAACGUAUGUGAAGAAGUAACAGCACACACGAACAGUUAUGACAAAAUAAUUUUUGCCAGAACGAAGGGAAGACUAUCAUUUAAGAGGAUAAUACUUGGGGAGAAUGCCCCGACGGAUGGCGAUAAACCGCUCACACGAUUGAAUUGUGGGAAGGAAGUAAAUACGACGGGCCAGAAGCUGCACUACAUAGACUGUGACGUGAACAUAGGACUGGAGGAGCGCCAAGAAAAAACCCAAGCAGAAAUGGAGGAACACGAAAGAUCAAAAAAUCACUUUUUGGAUUUGCUAAACCAAAGUGAACAUUUACAAAACACUUUUUCCAUCAGAAACAGGUUUAUCGACCCAUUGUAUCUCCGACGGAGGUACUCCUUCAUUGACAAAUUAACCAAAAAGAAGAUAAAAAAAGAAAAGUAUAGAACAUACAGAAGGCACUUCAUUAAGCAUGCCGAUGAGAAGGAAAUGUGGCCAGAUAAUAAGGGACUUCUCAACAAGGUUUACCCAAAUCCGUACUCGUGA